UACAAAGCUAUACACUAACUGCCUAAGCAACUUAAAAUCACAGAAGUCACUAUCGGGCUUAACUCUUUUACGGUGUUAUCACACCAGUUUAAUGUAUCCACCAUCUAUUUGCGGUCUUUAACCUGAAAGCUUUCGCUCGAGGGAACUGCUACCCGGUGCUUGUCGGUAUCGGUGGUCGCGUGGAGAUGAGCAGUCCUGAUGCAGGUUACGCCAGCGACGACCAGACCCAGUCCCGGGGUGCGAACUCAAUCAUGAUGCCCGUUAUGGGUCACUGUGCGUGGGGAGCAGACCCGCUCAGUCCGCGCACAGACACCAAAGGCAAAGGUGAGUCGUGCGCAGGAGCUCCGGGUCGCGGGAAGAGUGAACCACGGAUCCGUAGACCGAUGAACGCGUUUAUGGUUUGGGCAAAGGACGAGCGCAAAAGGCUGGCACAACAGAACCCGGACCUCCACAAUGCAGAGCUCAGUAAAAUGCUGGGGAAAUCCUGGAAGUCUCUGGCGGUGGCGGAGAAGCGUCCGUUUGUGGAGGAGGCGGAGAGGCUGCGCGUGCAGCACAUGCACGACCACCCCAACUACAAGUACCGGCCGCGCCGACGCAAGCAGGUCAAGCGCAUCAAGCGGCUGGACAACAGCUUCCUGCUGCAGACCGGUGCGCCCGAUCCCCAGUCUUCUUCUCUGAGCCUAGAAGGCCUCGGCCUGGCCUACCACCACCACCACCACCCCCACCAUGAGCACGCCGGCUACCCACUGCCUCAAGGUGGGCUGGCGCAGUACUCCGAUUCCCAGGCUCUCCUGGGGCCUGUUGCAUUCGAGGCCUACAGCCUGCCCACGCCGGAGUCGUCUCCGCUGGACGGAGUGGAGAGCGAGGGCAUGUUCCUUCCGCCCCACGGCCAGCAGGACGAGUGCCCCGCGCUGCCCAGCUACCAUGGCUACCAGGUGUCGCUCGGCGACUAUGGCACACCUGGGCAGCAUCCACAGGUUCACCUGGCUAGCCCCCACGUCAACCAGCACAGCAGCCCACACACACAGCACCAGCAGCACCAGCAGCAGCAGCAGCAGCACAGCAGCACACACACACACCAGCACAGUGGCACACACACACACACGCAGCAGCAGCAGCAGCAGGCACGCCACAGCCCGCACCCCCAGCAGCAGCAGCAGCAGCAGGGUGGCACACACAGCCUCCAGCAGGGCGGCGCCCUGGCCCUCCAGCACGCUGGCGCCCACGCACACAGCCCUCUCUCCGGCGCCCACACCAGCCCGCUCUCUCACCCCGGCUCCCUGUUCCACAGGCACCUGUCCGCGCCCCCCUCUGAGACGCUGCUGCCCGGCUACAUGAGCUGUCCCGCGUCGCUGGGAGUCUUCUACGGCGGCGGAGCCAAGCGCUCCGGGGCGCAGCACGGUCAGCUCUCCCCGCCCUCGGACGCCCAAGGCCAGGUGGCCAGCUCGGCCGAGCUCCUGGGAGACGUGGACAGCAGCGAAUUCGAGCAAUACCUCCCCUACGGGGCCCCCGACGGCAGUCUGCAGGGGCCCGAGAGUCUGAUAUCGACCGUGCUGUCCGACGCGUCCACUGCGGUCUACUACUGCAACUACAGCAGCGCCUGACCCCACUGGCCAGCACGCUGACUGGACCUGAACACUCUGGCUGGGCCACAGACCUCUGGACACCUCUGCAGCCACAUCUCCCCCACACUUGCCACUGAGCUAAGAGAGUGUCCUUGAUUAAGAUAUGUUUAAUAAGCUGUCUCAAAAUGACAGACAUUUUGAGGCAGAAUGUGACAUGUUUUGUAUUUAAAAAUAAAUUGAAGAGAAAUGGUGAUUUUUUUAAUAAGAAGAAUUAAGUGUGUAACAAUUACCUUGAAGAUAUAACUUUUAGUAACUUUUGUAAAAACUAUUAUCAGUGUCUUUAUAUUUUUGCACUUUUGGAAAAUAAAGGACAAUAAGCAACAA